AUGUACAGAAAAAGCAUUGGGGAAAUUAGACGUAGCUCAUUGGAGGAGAGACUUAAUUCUUCAAUGACUAAUGAUUCAUUAACUACUGGAAUUAGAAAUGGCGCCUUCAAGUCGAGCACAAAUAGGAAGUUUUCCACAGAGUUCAAUCUGGUUGACACCAAAAACCAACAAGACAAUUCUGUACCAUCGCUAAAUCAAGAAAAUCAAUUAGAUGAUACUCAAUCAGAUAGAUUUGAUCAACAAUCAGUCCCGCCCCUUCGGAAAAGAAAAAGUUGGUUUGCAGGAGUUUUACGAAGACGAAAGCCUAGUUUAGUAAACGACAUUCAAUCAGCGCCUCCUGUACAACAGCAACAACAAAACAAUAAGUCUAAAAGUUGGCUCUUCAAAUCAAAGGCUGAGGCUGAUUCUACACUCGUAUUGAACACGGCACAAUAUUCAAAUAUUCGAUCUGCCGAAUCGGAUCAGGCUGAAUUAUUGUCCACCGGAUCAGUAGAUAGGAACAACAAAUCCAAUUCAAUUCAAUUUGAAUCAAGAAAUUUAGAAUACGAUGACACCAUUCCUAUAUUUUUCGGCAAAUACUCUGGCAGUCCAAUGUGUACAUCUAUAUUGAAAAAUACUCAAAUUGUCUAUUUUCAACUUAGUGCUUAUAAUAGUUUGUAUGAUUUCGAUGAAGCUACUUACCAUCCAUGGAAUAUCUGGGAAGUCGACGAGGACAUGAAAAAGUUACGUGGGACUAUCGACGGGAAGGAUGAUUUCACGGAAUUUGCUAAAGAAUUUGAAUACAGCCAAGUUUUAUUGAUGAGAAGCUGGUUAGUUCCCAACUAUGAGAUUUUUAAGAAUGGGUAUUUGAUCCAACUUAAAAUCAACCAUAAAAAAAAUGAUACCCAGAAAGCCAUUAAUUUAUAUCUCAGUUGUUCUAGAGAUUCCAUUUUUAAAAAGUUACCGGAACAAGGAGUUCGGAUUAGUGUAUGUGGAAUUCGUUAUUUCAAGAAAACACUGCAGCUUUCUGAAGUGAUUUUUUGGAUACAUCCAAUUAAAAAUAUGUCUUUUAGCAUUAUUGAACAAGUAGUUUUGCUUUUAAAACUGUUUAAAAUUACCACUAGUAUCCAUAAAACCAUUUUGGUCGAUUUGAAUAAUGGCUCAAGAUCCACCAUCAAAAGUCUGUAUACAUAUUAG